AUGUCGGGGUCGAAUCAGGAUCCGGGGCCGUCGAGCUCCAACAACACCAGCUCGAAUGAUUCUCCCCAGCCCUCGCACUCUCCGUUCGCAGACCCCUCACCACCUCAACCGCCGCAGCCUCAACAAGAGCAAAAGCUUCAGACGCCUCCUCUGCUACACCCGCAGUCUGCCACGCCUUCAGCUAGGAAGGAAAAGAAGCGUGUAGGCUUUCAGGGCGACGACAGGCCACCCAGCAUUGUUAUCGACAACGACUACUUCUCGCAAAACAUGUCGCCCGAGGGCCCCGACUCUAACCCGUUCGCUACUCCCAGACGAGAUGUUCCUGAGGGCGCCCCUGACGCGAGUGAGCUGCGUCGAGCUCUAACCCAAGUUCUCAUCUCAGAGGAGAACCAGGAGGCCGCAGCGUCAGACACGCCUCGUAGACCUAGGCCCGUCUUGCGCCGCAACACUAGUUAUGACGCCCCCGAGGAGAGAGAGAAGGCCGACGCUGCCGAGCGCACUGCCGGUGAACGACAGCAGCGAUCCGGGCUGGAGGCACGACAGCGCGCCGACAGACUCGCAGUCAGCAUCGAGAACUACUCGUCGCCGCCCUCCCGCCGUGGCUCUCUGGACAUGCCGAAUCCCCACAAUCCCUUUAACGAUGAGACUGAUGAGGAUCUCGAUCGUGUUGGAGGUCUCAGUUCCGGUGUCGACGGAUCGCAAGAAGCUCGCCGCAAAGUUCGGUCUCGUCCAAGGAAGAACUCCCAGCUGGCGGCAGAGAACCUGGUUCGCUCGCACACCCAGCGACUGAAGAAGGGGAAUAAGGGCCCCAACGACUACUUCAAGCACCAGGCGCCACCUGGUGGCCGAUCGGGAACGGCCACCCCGACGUUGGAGCAGUCCUACGCUCACGAUUACGUCCCCCCGCCAAAGCAGUACCACGGUGGCAUUCUCUCGUCGCUGCUCAAGCUCUACAAUGAGAAUGGCAGCGGCGGCAGCAGUGGUCGCAACACCCCCGGCGGCGGCACCACUCCGAACCAUUCCCCGCCCGGAUCCGUGCCCGCCUCCGCACCGCCCUCCGCUCCCAACUCCGCACCGCCGUCGGCCCCGGCGUCACCCGCCCCCUCCCGACCAACAAGCGGCCUUUUCAGUUACCACAAGGCUCAAGGAUCUAGGUCCUCCAUGGCUCUGACGGAGCUGCUUAAGUCGUCCUCCGCAAUGAUGGCGCCCGGCUCCAGCGGGUACUCGGCUGGUAUGACGCAGAAGAUCAAGCAAGAAGCGCCGAAGGGGAAGAAGCGCAAGUCCGGCUGGGGCACAUCAUCGCCCAAGUCCAAGUCGGAGGAUAAGAUCCGCAUCACGAAGCACAUUGCCCAGAUCCUCUCAAGGCACAAGUACCUUGUCAAGCUUUGUCGAGCUCUGAUGAUGUACGGUGCUCCUACCCAUCGCCUUGAGGAGUACAUGAAGAUGUCGUCUCGUGUCCUCGAGAUCGAGGGACAAUUCCUCUACAUUCCAGGUUGCAUGAUCAUUAGUUUCGAUGAUAGCGCCACCCACACCACCGAAGUCAAGAUCGUGCGGUCUCCCCAUGGUGUCGACUUGGGCAAGCUUCGCGAUGUUCACGACGUCUAUAAGCAGGUCGUCCACGAUCUCAUCAGUGUCGACGAGGCGAUCAUCAUGUUGGAUACAAUCACGAACCACAAGGCCAAAUACCCCGUCUGGUUGCGAGUCAUCGUCUACGGCUUCGCCAGCGCGAGUGUCGCCCCCUUUGCCUUCCAAGGCCGCUUCAUCGAUCUGCCCAUCGCCUUCAUUCUCGGAUGUAUCGUCGGAUGCAUGCAGCUGGUUUUGGCUCCACAGAACGAGUUGUAUGCCAAUGUUUUCGAAAUCACCGCCUCUAUCGUUACUUCUUUCCUGGCUCGCAUGUUUGGCUCCAUCGACAACGGCGGCCUCUUCUGCUUCUCAGCCUUGGCGCAGAGCUCCAUCGCGCUUAUUCUGCCCGGUUACAUGGUUCUUUGUAGUAGCUUGGAACUCCAGAGUCAUAAUCUGGUCGCCGGCAGCGUGCGUAUGGUCUACGCCAUGAUCUAUACUCUAUUCCUCGGCUAUGGAACAACAAUCGGAACUGCUCUUUACGGUAUGAUCGACAGACAUGCCGAGUCGCGGACGACCUGCGAAGGAUCCCUCAAUAGGCAGUGGUAUUUGCUGUUCGUUCCAGCAUUCACCCUGUGUCUCUGCAUCAUCAACCAGGCAAAGUGGAAGCAGAUGCCAGUCAUGAUCACCAUCUCCCUCGCCGGGUUUCUCGUCAACAACUACUCGUCCGAUUUCUUUGUGGGCAACCCGCAAAUCUCCAACAUGCUUGGCGCUCUCACGGUUGGGCUACUAGCUAAUCUCUAUUCUCGCCUGGGCCGCCACGCUCGAAACCUUUCUCUCGACUUUCUCGACUGGUUUGACGAUCGGGUCAAGCCGAGGUUCGUCAGCGCCAGCCGUCGCCGAAACGAGCGACCUCGUCCGGACAUGUACCAGAUGUCUGGUCAAUCUGGCGGCAGUGGAACGCAUACUCCCGAGUCCACGCCUGCGACACCGACAUCCGAAGCCUUUUCAGAAAAGCCAACAGACGAGGGCAAGCCUCAACGGCAACGCACUAUCGGAUAUGGUCUGGCAGCUGCGGCCAUGUUGCCCGCUAUUUUCGUUCAAGUGCCUAGUGGUCUCGCGGCAGGCGGAUCUCUUCUUGCUGGUGUGACAUCAGCGGACCAGAUCACCAAUAACAAUGGAACUUCGAGUACCGUGGACACAUCCAGCCUCAACAACUCGGCGUUUAAUGUUCUUCUGAGCGUCAUUCAGGUUGCGAUUGGUAUUACUGUUGGUCUGUUCCUCAGCGCACUCAUGGUUUACCCGCUCGGCAAGAGGCGGAGCGGAUUGCUCAGCUUCUAG